AUGGAUAUAAAAGUGCUGGAUGACGAAAUCAUGCUGUCUGAUGGGCGGGUCAUAAGAAUGCCCGUUAAACAGGCAGAGGAAAAAGAGAAGGAAAAAAGCAAAGGGAGAAUAAAGGUGGAUAAAGUGCCAAACGUUUGUGGAAGCAGCGCGGGGGCAGGAAGUGACUACUUUGAUCUCUACCGAAAACAAAGAAAUGAAGAAAAUGAAAGACUCGAAUUGAUGGAAAAGAAGUGGAAAGAAUAUACACAGAAUCAAAUAUUCCAGAGUAAGAGGAAGGAAAAAAUUGAGUUUAUAGAAAAGAAAAGUUUAAAAAAAAAGAAAAAAAGACAAAUGAGGAAGAACAAAAUUAGGGAGCUGCGAAAUAGUAAGAAGGCUAAAGUAGAAGGGAAGAGUGACGAAAAAACGGAAAAGACGAGUGACCAGGCGGGGGAAGACUCUUGUCCAAGCGAUUAUGAUACUUCCAGGGAGGUGAAUCAAUCGGUCUCCUCCCAGAAGAAACAUCAUAACGGUUUACCUACGCCUGAUGAGAUGGUCAAACCGGAUAGGGCACAAUCGGGAGAAGACGAGCCUGAUAAGUUGGAGGCCCCCCAACCCGUGGACACAGACACGUUCCUUGUGGUUAAGGAGGGAGAGGAGGAACUCUUCUAG